AUGACAGAAAACAAUUUAGUUACUAAUUUGGACGAAAAAAUAACUUCUAAGGACUCUAGUUUAAAAGUAUCAUUGAAUAACGCAUUAGAAAGUCACAAAUUCAACGAGAUAAAUACAGAUAUUGCAAUAAAUAGUUACAGUGCAGACAUUAAUAAGAAAGAAAGUGAGAAUCGUCAAAUAUUCACUGAAACAAAUGAAAUAAACAUAGAUAGUGAUAAGUCCAGAGACACAGAAGAAGAUUCAGAGGAUUCAGAAAAUUCAGAAGAAGAAGAAUACCCACCGACGUUGAAAUAUACUCGUAUUACUUCAAAAUUGCCGAAAAGUUUCUUUGCUAGAGAUAGUGUAUCUUCUUGUAAAUUUACAGACACUGUGUUUCUCUUUGGUACCCAUUCUGGUAUAUUGCAUAUAACAACUACUGAUUUUAAAUCAAUUCAAACAUUGAAAUGUCACAGAUCUUCAAUUCUAUCCAUAUAUUGUGAUAAUAUCAAUUUUGCUACUGCUUCAAUGGAUGGAACCGUAAUAAUAGGUUCUUUGGAUAAUCCAUCACAAUUGACUGCCUUUGAUUUUAAAAGACCUGUCCAUUCAAUCAUAUUAGAUAAUGAUUACAAAUCCAAUCAAAAAUUUAUAUCUGGUGGUAUGGCUGGUGAAGUCAUUCUUUCACAAAGGAAUUGGUUAGGUAAUAGAUCCGAUAUAACAUUAUCAAAAGGUAAAGGUUCUAUCUUGGGUAUAUACAAAUUAGGUAAUAUUAUUUUUUGGUUUAAUGACGAUGGUAUUUCAUUUGUUGAUAGUAUUACCAAAUCCAAAUUAUUGAAUAUAGGGUAUCCGCAGUCUGUAAACAAAAGUAAUAAUGAUUGGAACAAUGAUAUUUCAAGACCUGAUCUAUUUAUACCUCAUGUUGACUUCCCGGAAAGUGACAGAAUUAUAAUCGGUUGGGGCUGUAAUGUUUGGUCACUAAAAGUGUCACUUAAUCAAAAGUCAAAUCAGGAUUUUACUCAUAUAGGUUCAAUACUCUCAAGUGCUGCAUCUAGUCUUAGAGGGGUUCCAGAUUGUCAAGUUGAAUUAGAACAUUAUUUCACUGUAGAAAUGAUAAUUGCCGGUAUUUGCUCCUUUAAAGACGAUCAAAUUAUCUGUUUAGGCUAUGAUAAAUGGAAGGAUAAUAACCAUGAAUUACAGUUAAAAUCUGGUAUCCCUGAAUUACGUAUCUUUGAUAUAAUAUCAAGCGAAGAGAUCAAUAAUGACGAAGUAAUUGUUAAAAAUUAUGAAAAAUUAUCAAUUAAUGAUUAUAUUUUAACUAGUUUCAUAUCCAAUGAUUCAACUCCCAAAUAUUAUCUGAUAAGUACCACUGAUUGCAUCUGUAUUCAGGAACUAUCUUUAAUGGAUCAUUUUGAAUGGUUUCUAAAACAUAAUGAAUUGUUAAAGGCGUGGGAUAUUGCACAAUAUAUCCCCACCAUAAGUUUCAAGGAUAGACUAGAUAUCGGUAUAAAUUAUUUGCUUCAAGAAAUUCAAUUAAAUAAAUGGGAUACUUUAGGAUCGAAUAUGUUCAAAAUUUUUAUGACAGCAGAAAAAAAUAUUAGUAAAAAUACCAAUAGAGAUAAUGCAUUGCACAAAGAGUUUAUCAAAGAACAAUGGCAAACAUUAAUAUUUAAGGCAUUAAACUCACAAGAGAUUAGCUCUGAUCUAAUUGAUAAUAUUCCACAAGACUAUAAUUUCGAUCCUUUAAUAUUUGAUACCAUUUUAGAUUAUUUAUUAUCCAAGAAAAAUUUUGAGGAAUUUUCAAGAUUACUUCAUAAUUGGGAUAUUAAGAUAUUUUCAUGCAAUGCUUUAGAAGAGAAAUUAGAAAAAUUAAUAAAGGAAUCUUUAAAUAACACAGAAGUCAAGGCUUAUAGAGAUCAACUUAUUUAUCUGUAUGUGAUAACAAAGAAAUAUUCAAAAGCUAUUAAACACAUGCUUUUACAGAAAGACAAAAGAACAAUUGAUUUGUUAUUAGAACAUCCACAAUUAAUUCCCGAGUUUAUUGGUUCAUUUAUAGAUAUAGUUUUACUGGUUUAUGAUGAAGAUCCUUCCAAUAUCUCAUCUUUGACUAGAGACACAAUUCAAAGAAUAUUCCAAAAAUCAAUUGAAUUAGCUGUAGUUGCCUCAAAAUAUAUCCCAUUAGACGAUAUAAUAUCAAUGUUUAAAAACCAAAAUACUGCUAAUCUGAAUAAAGUACUUUUAAUUGUGAUGGAAACUUUAUUAGAGAAAGAUUCUCGAAUUAUGAGCUCUCAUGAAAAUGAAAUAAUUGACUUAUAUAUAGCUUGCGACAAAACAAAAUUACUUCCAUUUUUGAAAGAAAGAAGACAUUAUGAUAUAAAUAAAGCAAUUGAGCUUUGCAAAUCUACUGAAGGAUUAUACAAUGAAUUAAUAUACUUAUGGGGGAGAAUUGGAGAGGCGAAAAAAGCACUUAAAAUUAUUGUAGAUGAGUUAAAUGAUCCACAAAUGGCUAUUGACUAUGUUAUCAGUUGGAAAGACGAAGAAUUAUGGGACUUUAUGAUCACUUAUACCAUUGACAAACCUGAAUAUAUCCAAUUAUUAUUAAAAUAUCCUGAUAUUUUGGGUAGAAGAUACAAUAGUGUAAUAACAGGUAUUGCUGAUACUUUAUGCAUAUCAGAUAUCAAAAUAGCAAUUGAUGGAACUUUGAAUAGUAAAGCAUUGAGUUUAGAAGUUAUUCACAAUAUACUCCAACUUGUAACUGAUGAUUCUUUACAUGCUGCUAAAGAAUAUUUGAAGUUAAGUGCAAAGGGUAAAUAUUUUGAUGUUGAGGAAGAUUAA